CUGAGGCUCAAGUGUUUCUUCAUUUCCCACGCAUGUCCAGACUUUCUCGUUGACCCGGAUGCGCCAUGGUAGAUCACACGGACGACGGGCAGCACCAAACCGUCAAGCGUACACACCGGCCCCGACGACCCUUUUCCGCCCCUGCAAGAGGCCUUCUUUUCAGAUCCGUGCCGUGCCGUGCCGUUCCUGGUUUCCUCAUUUGGGUUUUGCUUUGCUCACCGUGGCCGUCCGCUCUGCUCCGAGGAGUCUGCCGCUCCCAGCUGCUCCACUGACCCUCGAGUGAUCUCCAACUCCAAGCUCUUUGGUCGCAGGGGAGGUGAGGAGGAGCAAUGGCGGAGAGCGAGUACAGGUGCUGGGAGGAGCUGCUGCCGGACGCUCUGGGGCUCGUCUUCCGCAACCUGCCGCUGCAGGAGGUGCUGACGGUGGUGCCGCGGGUGUGCAAGUCCUGGGGGCGAGUCGUGGCCGGGCCCUACUGCUGGCAGGAGAUCGACAUCGAGGAGUGGAGCCAGCAGCGGCAGAGCCGCCCGGACCAGCUCGUGCGCAUGCUCGACCUGCUCGUCCGCCGCAGCUCCGGCGCCUGCCGCCGCAUCAGCGUCUCCGGCCUGCCCUGCGACCCGCUCUUCUCCUUCAUCGGCGACCACGCGCGCGCCCUGAGGACGCUGGAGAUCCCGCGGAGCGAGAUCAGCGACGCCGUGGUGGAGGCCGUGGCGCCGGGGCUGCCCAACCUCACGUUCCUGGACAUCAGCAGCUGCACCAAGAUCGGCGCGCGCGCGCUGGAGGCGUUCGGCCGCCACUGCCGGUCCCUGGCGGCGCUCCGGCGCGUGAUGCACCCGAUCGACGUGGCCGGGCGCAACGCGUGCGGGCAGCACGACGAGGCCCGCGCCAUCGCGCGCACCAUGCCGGCGCUCCGCCACCUGGAGGUGGGCUACAUGCUGGUCACUACGGAGGCCAUCCUGGAGGUGCUCUCCCGGUGCCGGGGCCUGGAGUUCGUCGACCUCCGGGGCUGCUGGGCCGUCGACGAGGCGCUGCUGCGGGAGCGCCACCCGGGGCUCAGCGUCCUCGGCCCGGGCGUCGACGACUGCUUCGAGAACAGCUACUGGGAGGAGUGCUCCGACGACGACGACGACUCUGACGACGAGGUCUACUCGUGGGAGCUCAUGGACGACGACGAGUACUACGGCGUGGUCGGCAGCGACGACGACGAGGCGGUGUGGGGCGACGGGCCGGGCCUCGUGGAGAACCUCGAGGUGAGGUUCUACGGCGGCGGGUUCAGCGAGAGCUACGCCGGCUUCGACUGGCCAGCGUCGCCGUGACAGUCCCGGCCGUUCGUGUCACCUUGACCGCAAAAGAAGUCAAGUAUCCUUUUCGUUCUCGACGUUCGUAUGGUCGUUCAGAUAUGUGUGCGUGUGCGUGUGCGUGCCAGUAGCUUAAUCUGGGUGUGUGAUGUGAACUUAAUCUGAUGUUAAGUUUAAAAAAACUUAAUCUGAUGUUUACUACAUGAAGCAAAUCAAGAUGGUAUUUACA